GGCUAUUACAGUGGGGUGCCCGCUGCUCAUGAGCGAGAAGCGCUGCGCUUUGUGAAUAGUCGGGCAUCUUCUGGGACCUGUCCUCAGUCUCUUGGUCAUCCUCUGUAUUGUCUGCAGUCUCUGGUCAUCUCCUGUACUGUCCGCAGUCUCUGGUCAUCUCCUGUACUAUGUCCGCAGUCUCUGGUCAUCUCCUGUACUGUCUGCAGUCUCUGGUCAUCUCCUGUACUAUGUCCGCAGUCUCUGGUCAUCUCCUGUAGUAUGUCCGCAGUCUCUGGUCAUCUCCUGUACUGUCCGCAGUCUCUGGUCAUCUCCUGUACUAUGUCCGCAGUCUCUGGUCAUCUCCUGUACUAUGUCCGCAGUCUCUGGUCAUCUCCUGUACUAUGUCCGCAGUCUCUGGUCAUCUCCUGUACUAUGUAUGCAGUCCAUUGG